AACUUUCUGGGCUCUCUCGAAAUGUCACUUUGAUUUUUUUUUUACUAAAUUGGAGAGUUGGCAAGCCGUUAAACAACUUGCCAAAUAUUUGCCCAACUCCACGUGUAACAAAGCCAUUUCUAAUUUCAAUCCAAGAUGAAAAAUUAUAAUCAAAUACACCUCCGCUUGUUGCCAAGCAACGAAUUAAAUCACUCACAAGUGGCUGUUAAACUUUUCUCUGACAUUUAACUAUCACUUGAUUUUUAUACUCAAACGACUUUUCAAUGGCCGCUUGCGAUUCUCUCCAACCCGUGGUUCUCCUAACUGACGUUAUGGAACCCAACGAUCGUCAAACUGAAACUCUUUUUGGUUCCACCACCCGAGCUUUGUUUCAAGUCGAACAGACGGAACCUUUGAACCUUUGUUUGAAUGGUACCGUUUUUGAAGCUUUCACCAUGAUCGACUGUUCGCCCAUAUCGGGAGAAAAUGGGAGUUUUAGCGACCAGAGCGAUGAUGAUGUCAUAUUUGUCAAGGAGUAUAAAUUUAACGGAGUUAAAAGGACCAAUGGACUAAAAGUGGCCACCAAGGGCACCCCACGCAGGAACCCGGUGAGGAAAGCACGAGUUAGCAGACGGUUUAAGGACGAAAAUGAGUUUAUUGAAAAUUCGGUGGAAGACGAGGAGGCUUUGGACGUUUCCGAAACCUGUGUGUCAAAAAAUGAAGAUUCGGAAGAUUGGAAACUAGAAUCUGUGCCACGAAGAGGCAAACCACGAAAAAGAGUGAUAAAUAGGAAAAUGCCUUUUAGACUAGGCAGAAAAAGAAAAAUUAACAGCGCUAAAGUCGAUGAAAAAAAAGUGCCUUUGAAAGAGUUGAAACUGCUUUUUGAAUCCAAUUUAUUAUUAUUAAGAGAUUACAUCAAAGACUUGAAAAUAGUGUCUAAAACUGCAAAAGAUCAAAAAAAUGAAGAAAGUGAUUUACAAAUUACAAACGCUGUUAAUAUGUUUAAACAACAAGUCAAAUUUUUGUCUAUUGCAAAGAAUAGUGAUGAAGAUUUAAUGAAAUUCUUAACAUAGUUAAAGCUAAAAAUGUGAUGUGUUAAAUAGAAUUGUUAUUUUUCAUUAUUCAAAAUAAUUUUUUCUUUAAAUA